AUGCCGAAUUUUUUAAAAAUAAUUUUGGCGACUUGCUUACUAGUAACAAGAAUCAACGCCCUCAAUGUCCAUGUGGCAGAUAAUAUCGACGACAUAAUAUCAUUUGUCAAUGAAAUUAUGAAUAAUUCUACAAAUCAAGAUCAAGAAAGUCUUAAAAUGUCGGCUGAGGCAUUGGAUGAACUAAAAAUCAAUGACAAAGAAAAUUACGCCGAUAUUGUCGAUGAGUUCUUCAUCGAUCAACCACAUGAGAAAGUCACCGAUCAAAAGAAUACUAGGCUAAAAGGAUUGAUCAAUAAAAUAGAUGAUGCUUGGGGGAAGUAUAAGACUAAAGACUUGGAGGAUGAUGACAUUAUGGAACUGGCUGAUUUGCCUGGAUCUAUUAGCGAGCUCUACAAGUUAUACACAGGAGAUGGCGAUGAAGACUAUCCUUCCUGCGUAGCAAAGGAUUCACGUCCAAAUGCGUGCGAAGUAGAGAUGGAUAACCAGAGCCGGCUGUGGAAAUUACACCAAGCUGUCGUUUUAUCUGAACUUCGGGGAUUAAUUUUAAACCUAAGAUCUGGAAGUAAUCCAGAGAAAGCUGCUGCCCAUGCAAUUUUACAUUCGGAAGAAUAUAUUUUGGCAACUUAUAAUGGUUUUAAAGCUUCACCGGACUCACAUUAUCGUUGCGCGCCGGAAGAUCAUAAACGUGGAGACACAUUCACCGAAUUUCUGGGCCUUUUUCAAGGAAUAUUAGUCAACGAAUUACAAUCAAGCAACACCAAAAGUAACGACUCGUGCACUGAUUCUUGUAGUUCUAUAGAUUUUUCUCGGAUUGACAAUUGUUACACCAUGGAACAAGGCGAUAGUGCUGAAGAAUACUGCCAAAAAAAUCCUUGUCAUGGUCAAAUUUUCAAUUGUAACCAUGCGGGUGACACUACAGCAUGUGAAACACGUGGAUCGGAUGAUAGAAGGUUCGAGUGGGCAGACACUCAAGAAAUGGGUUUUUUGGGAGAGAAAGAUGAUUGCAAACAAGGCAAAGAAAUUUAUUUGCAUGAAUACACCAGGCCUCUUGUGACUUGCCCAGUUUGUUAUUGUACUUGUUCCGAAGAAGAUGGCGAGUCUGAUGCAUUGAGAGCUAUUAGUUUGGUACCACAGUUUGCGGAUAUUGAUGAAAACAAGGUAGUUACAGGUAUUAAAUUCGUGGAAAAAGAUAAUCUGAUUCAGAUUCAAAUCGAGCAGUCUGAAUUGUGUGCUUACGGAGAAAUAGUUCCAGACUCAGAUGAAUUUAUCGACUUGGAUAAGAUCAAAUACAUUGAUACUGGUAUAGGAGGAUUCAAAAUGAAGACCGACGACGGUGAUAAAAUGCUAACCGAUGGUGUUGAAUUCAAAUUCAUCACUGCCACAGACAGAAAACUUUACAUUGACAAAUUGGUAGCACCCGAGGGGGAGGUUAUUGUCGGAGUCACCUUGGCUUGGGAUGAUACCGACAAAGCCAUUGAAUUGAAAAUCUUAUCAUGGCCAUUUGACUACAUCACUGGUGUAUUAGAAAAUCGAAGACCUUUGUCUGCUAACGAUUCUUCUUUGAAUUGGAUAAACUGGCAAAACACUGAAGAUCCUAUCGGCGCCUACGGCCAGGAGAGAACUCCAAUAGACAUGUCAGAAUUGGACGAUCCCGCAAAAUCUAAAGGUUAUAAUCCAGAGGAUUCAGAACCAAAUCAGGAGAUCGAAAUCACAACAACGGGUUACAAAAUCGACAUGGCCCGGCGCACUAUUCCUUACUUGGAUCUUCAACCGGUUAUCUACGAGGAAGUCAAAAGUCCCUUGAGUGGCUUGGAACUUAUUUACAAGCAACAAAACGGGUUUGGAGGGUUCCUUGCGUUCAAAAUCCGCUCUUAUAAGUUCAAUGAUAAAUUCGGAUGUGAAAUGUCGGAGACGGAUCUUCAGAAGUAUAAAGCCAAUUUUGAUGAUCCCAUUUUUUUGGAUAUACCUACAAAAUAA